UACCCAUCGGAGUGUGCCAGUGUUGCUAGAAUGAUGAUCCAAACACUAAGCUGCGAACGGUGGCAAGGAACCGAAAUGGAGCGAGGACUACACGAUCGCGAUCGGGUAGGCCUGCAAGAUCAGGUGCUACUGGAGAACUAUCAGAGCGAGGAUGCGUUCAUCGAUAAUCUGCGGAAACGGUUUCAGGAGAACCUUAUCUAUACCUAUAUUGGCCACGUCCUGAUAUCGGUAAACCCGUACAAGGAGCUCCCGAUCUACACUGAGAGUGACGUCAAAGAGUACCGGAAGCGACACUUUUUCGAGGCCCCCCCACAUGUGUUCGCACUGAGCGACAACGCGUACCGCUCGCUGACGGAGGAAAACCGUGGCCAGUGUAUUUUAAUCUCGGGCGAAAGUGGUUCGGGCAAGACGGAAGCAUCGAAGAAGGUGCUACAGUUUAUAGCGGCGGCCACCGGGCAUACGCACAAUGUCGAGGGUGUCAAGGAUAAGCUGCUGCAGAGCAACCCGGUACUGGAGGCGUUCGGCAAUGCGAAGACGAACCGUAACGAUAACUCGUCCCGGUUCGGCAAGUACAUGGACGUACAGUUCGACUUUGCCGGUGUGCCGGAAGGUGGCAAUAUUCUAAAUUAUUUGCUGGAAAAAUCGCGCGUCAUACAUCAGAGCGGUGGGGAAAGGAAUUUUCACAUCUUCUACCAACUGCUAGCUGGAGCGGACGAUAAUCUGUUGCGUGAGCUGCACCUGAAAAGAAACCUGGAUACGUACUACUACCUGAGCGAUGGGGCAAAUGGUAAUGUGCCGAACAUCCGUGAUGCGGACAACUUCCGCGUAGUGCAGAAAGCGAUGACUGUUAUAGAGAUCCUAGAACAGGAACAGCGCCAGAUUCUUGAUAUUGUAGCUGCCAUACUGCAUAUGGGCAAUGUCGGUUUCACCGAGGAGGAAGGCAAGGCGAAAAUCCUCAAACCAGAAUCAGUGACAGCGAUUGCAAAGCUGCUGGGCUGUAACGAGGAGCAGUUAACGAACGCAUUUACCCAUCGUACGAUUGAAGCCCGGGGCGAAAUAGUGACGAGUCCGUUGAAUCGCGAUCUCGCUAUCUAUGCCCGCGACGCUCUAGCUAAGGCCGUGUACGAUCGCCUAUUCAGCUGGCUAGUGUCACGCAUCAACACCUCGCUGCAUGCGGCGGAUCUGGCCAAGAAGAACAGUGUGAUGGGUAUACUGGACAUCUACGGGUUCGAGAUAUUCAAGAAGAACAGCUUCGAACAGUUCUGCAUCAACUUCUGCAACGAAAAGCUGCAGCAGCUGUUUAUCGAGCUAACGCUGAAGCAGGAGCAGGAGGAAUAUCUGCGCGAAGGCAUUGAGUGGGUGCCGGUGGAGUACUUCGACAACAAGGUGAUUUGCAACCUGAUCGAGGAGAAGCACAAGGGUAUUAUUGCACUAAUGGACGAGGAAUGUCUGCGACCGGGCGAUCCUACCGAUUUGAGUUUCCUCACGAAGAUGAACGACAAUCUGGGUUCGCAUCCGCACUACAUUUGUCACAGCCGUGCUUCAACGACCGUGCAGAAAACGAUGGGACGCGACGAGUUCCGGCUGGUGCAUUACGCCGGUGACGUUACGUACAGCGUGCAUGGCUUCCUGGACAAGAACAAUGAUUUGCUGUUCCGCGAUUUGAAGGAGGCAAUGGCGGAGUGUAACAACGGUAUCAUCAAAAGCUGUUUCCCUGCGUCCGACAUCGGCAGCAAGCGGCGUCCGGAGACGGCCGUGACGCAGUUCAAAAAUUCGCUCAACAACCUGAUGGACAUUCUGAUGUGCAAGGAACCGUCGUACAUCCGGUGCAUCAAGCCGAACGAUCUGCAGACCCACGGCCAGUUCGAUGUGGAGCUGGUGCGGCAUCAGGUGAAGUACCUCGGACUGAUGGAGAAUCUGCGCGUCCGACGAGCUGGGUUCGCGUAUCGCCGUACGUACGAACUGUUCCUCCAGCGCUACAAGUGCCUGAGUAAACAAACCUGGCCACACUUCCACGGUCCGGCCAAGGACGGUGUACAGAUACUGGCGGACGAGCUCGGUUACGCGAAGGAUGACUAUCGCAUGGGCAAGACGAAGAUUUUCAUUCGCUUCCCGAAGACACUGUUCGACACGGAGGAUGCGUUCCAGGCGAAGAAACAUUAUCUCGCCUCGAUCAUACAGGCCCGGUGGAAGGGUCGUCGCCAGCGACAUGCGUAUCUCGCAAUCCGCGCCAAGAUCAUCGUCGGCCAGACGUACAUUCGGCGCUAUUUGGCUAUUCAGGAGCUGAACCGACGCCGAGAAGCAUCCGCAAAGAUUCGUUUCUUCAUCAAGGGCUUCAUCACCCGGCACGACGAACCGAACGAGUGCAAUCGAUCCUUCAUUCAGCUGACCAAGCGGCACUGGUUGCUGAAGCUGUCGAAAAGUCUCCCCGAGACGUUCAUGAGCCACACCUGGAUAGCGGCACCGAAGCACUGCCAGGAGGCAUCGAUACUGCUGCGCAAAAUGCACAAGCUCCACCUAGCCCGCUGCUAUCGCGUGGCCCUGAAUGCGGAAAAGAAGCGCCAGCUCGACCUGAAGGUCCUGUCGGAGUCGGUGUUCAAAAACAACAAGCGCAACUACCCGGAAAGCAUCGGACCGUGGUUCGUGGAUGAUCGCAUUGCCAAGCAACACGCGACGCAAAUCUCCAACUUUACCGUCACGCAAAUGAAUGGUGAAAAAUUGCAUUACUCCACGCCGGUGGUGAAGUACGACCGACGGGGUUACAAACCACGCGAGCGCUUCUUCCUGCUGUCCAGCAAGGCGGUCUAUCUGCUCGAUGGGAAAACGUACAAGCAGAAGCACCGGCUGCCGCUCGACAAGAUCGAUUUUUGCAUUACGAACGAGCGGGACGGUAUCAUGCUGAUUCGGAUUCCGCUCGAGCUGAAGAAGGACAAGGGCGAUCUUAUACUGGACAUUCCGGACAUCAUCGAGUGCUGCAUCUGGAUACUGGAUGUUACCAAAAAUCGCAACAUCAUUAACAUCGUUGACACGGGAUCGCUGUCCCACAACCUAGUCAGAGGCAAGACUGGCGUCAUCGAAAUACAGACGGGUCCGCAGCCCAGCAUCACACGGGCAAAGAGUGGAAAUUUGUUGGUUAUUGCUGGCCAAUAAUCGUGAUGCGUGAUCGUAGGAAGCGGACAAACGGACGUUUAAAAAUAGAAGUUAUUUUAGAUACGAACGCAAAUCGUAAGCGCAAAUCGCGAAAUGCACGAUGAAUGGGAACAAGUACGCUAACAGACACGCCGGACCUGCCGACAGCAGAUUGUAACUGGAGAACUAAUUUAUAUAGGGUGACGGACGGAAAAAAAGAGAGAGGACGUAAUACCCCGUGCCUUAACCAUUUGAUGUGAUUAUUUUGCAGUUUUCACCCCAGAACAAAAAAAUCGCCGAACUUUUGCAAAAUAGGAAUAAAUUCGAACGAUAAGAUUAUUGGGAAAAGGAUUCUACAAACGAAGGGGUUGUUUAUCAGGACAGGCGCCGCACACAGGAGACGCACGGUUCUGAACGGGGUCUGAAUUUGGUACAGAAUUUGUGCGUGUGCACCCCAGGACGAGAGGUGUAAAAAGCGUUUAUUUUUGGCAAGGGUUCAUGUAUUUUAAAAUGUAAAAAAAAAAACGCCAGUCCAAAAAAUCUUACACGGUCGUCGCCCUCGUUUGUCCCGGCAUGCAAUUUAGGGAGAAAGUAGCAGCAGCAGCAGCAGCAUCCCCGCAUCAUGUGUGACACAUUUUUGCAACUGACGUGGAAGAACGUGCGCGCCUUUGUUGCUGUCCAUGUAAAAUAGAAAAGUGCCAUUAGCAUUUAGGAGUUUUGCCAGCAGCGGGACCGGGGAAAUGUAGGGUUUUGAAUUAGGUUUUUCCUCCCCCUCCCCGUAAGUCCGUAGAUGAUUUGUAAUGUUUGAACGUUUUUUUUUUACAAUACAUCGAGCAGCAGAGCGCACAACAGUGUGAGCGCCGCGCAAGUGAUUCCUAUAUUAGUUGAAGCGAGUUAAGCAAACUGGACGUUUAGUAGCAUUAAAUGAUGUUAACCGAUGUAAUCGAUCGUAAAUGUAAUAGUUACAAAACGAG